GUUUGCCUGCAGGUUACGGCAUGCUAGGUUGUCGUGUACCACCCCUCUAGAUUUUUGCUCCUGAAGUCUGUUGAAAACUUGUGUCAUAGCACAUGAUAUUCAACAGUAAAGUUUAAUAGAAUGUAUCUUAGCAGUUUCUGCUGUAUGGUAAAAGCUUAAGAAAAGGGAAUUUAGAAACUUCCAACCAUGCUUAACGCCUUAAUUAUUAUAAAUAGUGGAGGUUAAGGGCAAAGGUUGUUAACUCCAAGUAGUUCUCUGUAUCUUUUCUUUAACUUUAGACAGUGCACACAAAAUGAGCAGCACUUUCUAUCUUCCGCUCUACUUAGCUUUCAUUUCUCUAUUAGUACUUCUUUUGAACCUCUCGGAUGUCUUACUAGUGCAUGCAAAUGGUGAAAGCAAAGUUCAUGUUGUUUACUUGGGAAGAAGGAAACACGAUGAUGUCGAACUCACAACAUCAGCUCACCAUCAAAUUCUAUCUUCAGUUCUCGGAAGUCAAGAGGCAGCAAGAGAAUCUAUCAUCUACAGCUACAGACACGGCUUCUCCGGCUUUGCAGCCAAGUUAACAAAAGCACAAGCCAAAAGGAUUGCAGAAUUACCUGAUGUGGUCCAUGUAGUUCCAAGUCAUUUCUACCAGCUGCACACUACAAGGAGCUGGGAUUACCUUGGCCUGUCCACAUCUUCUCCUCCAACAAACCUCCUUCAUCAAGCAAACAUGGGAGAUGGUAUCAUCAUAGGUGUCCUUGAUACAGGAAUAUGGCCAGAAAGUGAAGCAUUCAAUGACAAAGGCCUAGGGCCAAUCCCUUCAAGAUGGAAGGGUCAUUGUCAGUCUGGUGAAAAAUUCGAUCCAGCUAUGGCAUGUAACAGGAAACUAAUUGGAGCAAAAUACUUUGCGAAGGGUUAUGAAGCAUCGCUGGGAGGGAAAUUUGAUCAUAAAACUGAGGUUGCAUCACCAAGGGAUAGAAAUGGACAUGGUACACACACGUCAACCACUGCCGGUGGCUCCUUUGCACCAAAUGCAAGCUACCAUGGACUUGCUUAUGGUACAGUUAGGGGUGGUGCACCCAAGGCUCGGCUUGCUAUGUAUAAAGUGUGUUACAAUGGUGGUGGGUGUCAUUUUGCCGAUGUAAUAAUGGCCAUCGAUCAAGCAAUUCAUGAUGGAGUUGACAUUUUAUCAAUGUCCCUUGGCGCCGAACCGCCUCUAGUCCCUGAUGUUGAUUUCACCGAUGGUGGUCAAUUUGCAUCCUUGCAUGCUGUCAUGCAUGGAAUUACAGUUGUUUGUUCAGCUGGAAACAAAGGGUCACUUCCCCAAACAGUAGGUAACAUAUCACCAUGGAUGCUGACUGUGGCGGCUUCUAGUAUUGAUAGGUCCCUUCCCACACUCAUUACACUAGGCAACAACCAAGCUUUUGUUGGUCAAUCCCUGUAUACUGGAAAGGAGACUGCUUUUCUCAACAUCGCAUAUCAUGGCGAUACUGAUACUGAGAACAGACGCUAUUGCGACAAUUUUACUCCCAACGAUACAUCUGUGGCUGGAAAAGUGGGGCUUUGCUUCCUUCAAGGCGAUGAGUUGAAUUUAUCAUUAAUUAUAGAAGUUUUUAGGCAGAAUGGUGGCUUGGGACUAAUUGUUGCUAAGAGUCCAAGCAGAGCACUGGAAGUGCUCACUUUCGACUUCCCAAGUGUUGGUGUAAGUUAUGACGUUGGAACGCAAAUACUCAAUUACUUCAGAGACUCCGGGAAGCCACGAAUAAAACUAAGUCCUGCCAAAACUCAUGUUGGAAAGCCUAUUUCAACAUAUGUUGCUUCCUUCUCAUCUCGAGGUCCCAAUUCUAUUGCCCCUGCCAUACUUAAGCCGGAUGUAGCAGCUCCUGGAGUACUUAUAUUGGCUGCUGUUGCUGGAGAAUUUCCGUAUGAAUUUGAAUCAGGAACGUCCAUGGCAGCUCCUCACGUGUCUGGCAUUUCCGCCUUGCUCAAGUCCCUGCACCCAGAUUGGUCCCCAGCUGCUAUCAAGUCUGCAAUUAUGACUACAGCGGGGGUAAAAGAUCCUCAUUCUGGCUUACCAAUCAUCGCUGAGGGAAUGCCGUUUAAGGUUGCUGAUCCAUUUGAUUUCGGUAGUGGACUAGUGAAUGCACAUGCUGCAAAUGAUCCCGGCCUCAUCUAUGAUAUGGGAGCCUUCGACUACAUUCUUUAUUUGUGCUCGAUGGGCUACAAGAACAGCGACAUCAGCAACAUCAUUGACGGAGGAGCUGCAUCUUGCCCAAUCAAGAGGCCUUCGAUUCUUGAUGUCAAUCUUCCUUCUUUAACUAUACCAAGUCUCAAAGGUACAGUCAAUGUUAGAAGAACCGUCACCAACGUUGGACCAGAGAACUCCAAAUAUGAAGCCAUCAUUGAGCCUCCACCAGGCAUUACCAUAAAAGUAAAGCCUGACACUUUGAUAUUCAACUCCGACACUGAGCAAAUCUCUUUCACUCUCACCAUUUCACCCACUCACGAAUACAACACAGCGUUUGAGUUCGGGAGCCUGACUUGGACUGACGGGGUGCACCAAGUAAGAAUCCCCAUAUCAGUGAGAACCGAGUUCGCUCAACUUGAUUAAUUUUAGCUAGGGUGCUGGCUACAGUUUGCUACAUUUAUCACUAUUCACAUCUAUGAUCCAAGUAUAAAUCAAUGUAUUUACAGUUGACAUUCUCUGUGUAAUAAUAGAAUCUUAUCAGCUACUAUCUAAAA